AUGGCGGAUCAAAAUCAACCAACUCCGACAAGCCAGGCGGCUUCAAACCAAGAAAUGCAACCAAUAGCAACUCAAAAUGAAGCUAUAUCGAAGCCAAGUGGGACGAGAACUACUAGGACUGCGUCAGAAAAACCGGACGAGGCAGCCUUAGCGCCGGUGCCGCGCCGGAUACGCUGCCCCGAAUGCCAGCGGUACACCGCAGAGAAUGAGGAAAAAAUGCUGCGUCACAUCAAAAAGGUACAUAAAGGCGAAAACCCCUUCCAGUGCUACAUGUGCGACUACAGCACAUACAACAAAAGCCUAUUCGAGGAACACGUCCGCAUCCACCAAGGAAUUAAACCCUUCAAAUGCUCUCAAUGCGAUUACAAGAGCGCAUCAAAGAAAAACUUAAAGAAACACGAAUUGAUCCAUAGACCAAACAAUCCACUGAAAUGUAAGCAAUGCGAUUUCAUAGGCAGACAUUCCAAAGCCCUAAAAAGACACGAAGAAACUCACACGGACGCUGAUUGGCUGAAAUUUGACAGCUGCAAAUUUCAAUUUCAAGAUUUAGCCGCGUUCAAAAAACACGAACGCACCCACAAGUUCAAAUGUAAGGAUUGCGAUUUUAAAAGUUGUUCGAGGCCGUUUUUAAAACGACACAUGGUUAAAGAGCACGGUUUGACAGAUGAUAAUGUCAAAUGGGGCAGUUUUAGUUGUCAGAUUUGUGGUUGGACUUCUAGUUCGAUGGCGAAGAUACUCCUGCAUCUGAUACAUCAUCCUAAGCAGGUGGUUGAUGAGAGUGUUAUAGAUAUAAGUAUUUUGAGGAAGCAUGGUAUUAUGGGGUGAAAUC